AUGGCGGAUACGUAUUUGGGUUGCAAUACGUCUUUACCAACGGCGAGGGUCAGAAUCGAUAAGGUUCAGAGAGCAGCUCAACGCAAAAACACGAACGCCUCUCUCCUCCCGCUUCACUCCGUUCCCCCACUGGCCAUGGCGGAAACCCUGGCGGGCCUCCGGCUGGCCGCCUCCGCGGUCCCGCAUCCACGGAGCCAACGACGCUCCUGCGCCGCGCCGCCCCACCAUCGCCUCCCCCAGCUCCGGCGCGGCCGGCUCUGCGCCCGGGCGGCCGUCACGGGCGCGCCGGAGGUGGACGAGGACGAGGCCAUGAGCAUCGACAACCUCUGCAGCUUCUUCGACCUCAACGUCGGCAAGUGGAACGGCAUCUUCUACCAAUUCGACGCGCACGGGAGGGUUCAGCAGGAGAUCAGCACGCGGCUGUCCGCCAGCACCUACGGGGAGGGCAACCUCAUCAGCCUCAUGCAAUCGCUGUAUAUCAAGCAGGCUACGUCCGGGAUAACAUUUGCGGACGAGGAGGAUCCCGAACCAGAGUGGGCGGAGUACAAGAUCAAGGAGACUAACAUGUUCACUGUAGAUAAAUAUCAGCAGAUAGGGUUCUUUCCUGAGCAGAAGGCAUUUGCGUUGAGAUAUCAGACUGCUGGAAUGCUGGAGACUGUCCUUCGAGCCGGUGUGCUCGGAGAAGAUGACACUGGUGAAGAAUCCCCCAGAAACUUGAAGAUUCCUUCUCGUAAACCAUCUAUUGUCUGUGAGAAUUGUAUUUACUCUCUUGAUGGCAAUGGUCGAGUAAGAGCUUUCCACAUAAUGGACCCAAAUGGAGUGCUCGAUACACUUAUUGUUUUUCAUGAAAAUCAGGGCUCCAUAGUGCCACUUACACACUCUUCAACUGAUGAUCCAGAGAAUCCCAGCAACGAUAGGAUAAAUGCUCUGCUUGGAAGGUGGGAGGGCCAUUCUGUGACGAAGAGGAGCGGGGUGUAUGGAGCAACGCUCGAUGAAGCUGAUACGGUUGUCCUCCUUGAAAUGGACAAUAAUGGUCAGCUGGUUCAGGAUAAUAUAUCAACGAAAACCGGAACUAGCACGACAACAACGAUCCACUGGACAGGAGUAGCGAAUAGCAACUUGCUUCAGUUUGAUGGAGGAUAUGAGAUUACUUUGCUACCUGGAGGGAUGUACAUGGGAUAUCCAUCAGACAUCAGCAAGUGCAUUGAGCAGUUAGAUCCUUUUAAUUUGGAGUUUUGUUGGAUGGAAUCACCAGGAAAGAGGCAGCGGCUCGUGCGGACUUUCGACUCGGCUGGUCUGGCUGUUUCGUCGACCUACUUCUUAGAGACCAAAGUAUGA